AUGAAUUCUGAAAACUCAUGAGGAUUUAUAAUGAAUAAAUAUGAUUUUUUAGAUAUUUAUAAAUUUAGGAGGCUAAAUGAUUUUUAUAGCAAAAUUACAGGCUUCAAAGCAGAUAUUUAUCGGAAUGGAUAUAUUAAUUAGUAAUUAAAAAUUAAAAAAAUAAGUUUUGGCGGGAAAGAAUAUUUACAGCUGCUCUUCAAAAGCACAAAAAAUUGAGCAUUUCUCAGUUUGAUCUUGCUUCUGAUAGCAGCUCACAAACAGAAACAGAGUUUCCUUCAUAUGAAGGAUAAUUAGCAUGGCGGUGACGACAAAAUAUGUUCUUAACCACGAUGCCACACUUUGGGCACCAAAAUGGCUUUAUAGCCUAAACCAAGGCUCAGGCCCUUUGAUUCUAACCUCAGCACAUUGUAUGGCUGGCGUAUGGGGUGGAUGGCUUUGGGAGUCAACUGGUGGUCAUUCCAGUCCAAAUAUUAGUUAUCUGGAUGGUUUUUGGGUCAGUAUUCUUUCAUUGCCAUUCCGGAUGGCUGUGGCUCUUUUUUCCUGGGUUUUACCCUUCCUCAAGCUCUCAGAGAGGAGGCAUUGGGCUAAUCUUUACUUCUAUAGCACCCGAAAGAUGCUCAGCACAGAGGGGUCUUCCUAACACGUUAAAACUCUGUGACGUAUUACAAGCCCUUAGUCCUGGAGAAGACUGCUAUGGGGCUUUGGCAACCGAUGCUACGCCUGGCAACCAAGGGUCCGGUGGCCACAAGUGUGCGGAGGCGUCAAAUCUGGAGACCUUAAGACUCUUAAUUUAAUUUAAUUUUAUUCAUACGAAGAUGUUGAAGAAUUCACUGAUGAUUCAAACAAAACUACAUUAAAGUUACAAAGCAUUAUAGGGACUAUUAAAAGCACUUUUGUUAAAAUCGGAGUGUUUUAUAAGACACCUGAAAGUUACGAAAUGAAUGAAAUGAUCAAUAAUCUUAAUGACUUGCUCCGCUCUAUAUAGAGCAAAUAAAAUAAAUCUAUUUAUAAUAAUUAUGAUAUAUAAUUAAGAAUUCAACAAAAACUAAAAAACUAUAAUUUUUGCUGCUGCUUUGUUUAUCCAAAAGCCAAAAAAAUGGAUAUCAAUUAAUGUUAAUGAUAAAACAAAUUAGAGCCUAUCAUAUAGAGAAGAGUUAGUAGAAAUACUAUGCAGUGAACUAUCAAUUAGAAAUACCCUAAAACCAAAUAUAAUCCAAGAAUCAGAAAUUUUUUAUAAAGAUGAAAACUUCACAGACAGAUUUUCUGAGGCUGGAAUCACAGUUUUUAAGAAAAAAGGCUCAGACCUCAUAAGCAAAAUUUUUAAAAUGCCAGAGCCAGGGCUAUUUCUAACACAAAAUGACUGCAAAGAUUUAUCCUCAGUAAUGAUCGGAGCAAUUCGUGACUCCGGCUCUAAUGCCCUUCAAGCAGAAAUACAAAGGCUUCAAGAAAAAUUAAUUUUUUAUGGAAAUGAGCUAAAAGAAUGCAAAAAGCUCAUCAGGAUCAAAGAAGACGAAAUUGACAGCUUAAAAAGCCAGCUUUACAAUGAAAAAGAAAACGAAACGAGUAGGUACAAAACCAAGCGAAAAGCAAAAGAAAUACAAAAAGACUCCAUGAAUUUCUGAUUUGGGAGAAUUUCAAUGAAGUCUCGAGGCUCACUGAGUACUCAAAGCAAUUAUUCUAUAACUAAUAUGUAA